UCUUACACACACACACACAACCACACCACAAACACAAACACAAACACACACAUAGACAGACAUGAUCUCCUCCACAGUGUUGUUCUAUGGGAUCUACGUGCUGUGCCUGUGCCUGGGACUGCUGUGUGUGGUGUUUGUCAGUUACUGGAACAUCGAGUGGCGUGGUGGCUUUGCCUGGGAUGCGUCCUUUCUGCAGUUCAACUGGCAUCCCGUGCUCAUGGUGACUGGCCUGGUAGUUCUGUAUGGGAACGCGGCUAUCCUAUACCGCAUCCCCUUUACCUGGAGUCAGAGGAAGCAGCACUGGAAGCUGGUGCACGCUGCUCUGCUGCUGUCCUCCCUGAUCCUGUCCAUCCUUGGGCUGUGUGCUGUGUUUGACUUCCACACAGGCUACCACAUCCCCAACCUGUAUUCCCUCCACAGCUGGGUGGGCAUCUGCACCGUAGUCCUGUUCACUGCCCAGUGGCUCCUUGGCCUGGUUGGUUUCCUGUCUCCCUGCUCUCCCCUCGGGUUCCGUAAGCUCCUGAAACCAGUUCACGCCUGGAUGGGCAUGGCCAUCUUUAUCCUCAGCCUGGCCUCCUGUCUCUCUGGCAUCAACGAAAAACUGCUCCUUGCUCUCAACGGCAACAGCAACAGCACCGCAGCCUAUUCCUCACAUCCUGCAGAGGCCUUGUUUGCUAACUUCCUGGGUUUCCUAAUCGUGGCCUUUGGAUUGGUGGUCCUUGGAAUCCUGUCCAACCAGAGGUGGAAUAGGCUGGAGCCAGGGGAGGAGAGCUCUAGAUCAUUGCUUCCGGAGGACAACUAAAGAAGUAGAAGACCUUGGUGUUCUCUUCUUCUCCCUGCCCUUUUCUAUUUUUGGAUAAUGGAUCAAUUGGAGACAAAGAACACUGAUGUUCCCUCCUGUGUCUCAGAACAUCAGCUGUGGUAGUAGUUACACAUGACAUAAUGACAUGAUGACUGACAUGCAAUGUUUUUACUCUAUACCGUCUAUAGUAUAAGGGAGACUAUGUGCAUUGAAGCCUUAUUGUGUGGUAUAAGCCCUAUAGAAAAGUUUGUGGUCAUACACACAUCCUUAAAAACAUAGGUGUUGGGCUAAUAAAGAAUACUAGUAUAGAACAAUAAUUCACCACUUUAUUGACAACCUUUUGAUCCAAAACACAUUUUUGUCAGGUAAAAAAAAAAAAAGAGUGCUCACAUCCCAAAAUAUAUACACAUUUCACCUCAUAUGACCAUUGCUGACAUGACGCAUGGUGGGUGCAAAAGCAAUGUGUGUCUCUAAUAAUGUAAUAACUAUCACAUGUCAGGUAAGACCCAGAUGCAGACAACGUC